GGCCUCAUAACCUAAGCCAUCCUCACCCCCUGGGCUCAGUUUGAAGGCUUUGAUUCUCCUCUGAUCAGAUCCACACUAAUUUAUGCAAAGGGGAGAAUGACACAUAUGACAUUUCCAUUUUAGAGCAAAUCCUACUUUAUGCCCAGCUUCUCAUGGGCUCAAUCACAGAAGCUCAGGGCAUCUCAAGACCUUUGCAGGCUUUUCUUUGCUUUUAUUGUUGUUGUUGUUGUUAUUGCAGAUGAAUGAUCCGGGGCAUUUUAAGGUACCUUCUUGAAGGCAUCAAUCUUAAUGGAACUACCUAAACACGGAGUCGGUUAUUUUAGAGAACUAAUAUAUGGAAGCCUUCUCCAGAGUUUUACUGAGAUAAAUGCCGAUCAUAGAAAUAAAUAUAAAAGCAUAUCUGUUCUUAUUUAGCACAUGAGAGCGCAUGUAUUGAAGCUUUCAUACUUUGAACCUCUUUCAUUUAACAGGGAAUGGAUCUGCAUGGGCAGAUCAGUGCACUAUGUAAGGGCCAGCUGGCACUGUCCUGUAGCUGUCACAGAAAUGUCUCCAGCCUCCUUCUGCAAAGCUCCAUAACCAGCAUUUCACACUGUGACAGAGGCUGCGUGAGAAAGAGAACAAGAAUGGAGACCAGGAAAACAUUUAUUGGUUUGGUAGAUAAUGCAUUAGCAGCUUCCAACUCAUUGCAUCGUGAUCAAUUGCUCUUUUCUUACAAGGGAAUUCUCUACCCCAGAAUUCUUUACAGUCCUGAAGUGUUCAAAGCCUUGGAGUCCUUUGAAGCCAGAAGAGAUGAUGUAAUUUUGGCAGGAUAUCCUAAAUCUGGCACAAACUGGCUAAGUCAAAUCUUAAAUGAUCUGAUAGCCAUAUCUCAAAAGAAAACACCAGGUAGUGAAAGCAGUGUGAAUGCUGAAGAACAAGAAGAAUUCCCCUACCUUGAAAUUGGAGAUUCUGAGAAAUAUGAGCGAAUGAGCAAAUUACCUUCUCCAAGAUUUAUGGUUACUAAUCUCUGUCCUGAAAAACUUCCCAAAUCUCUCUUCCAAAACAAUGCCAAGAUAUUGUUACUGAUUCGUAAUCCAAAAGAUGUUGCUACAUCUUAUUACCAUUUUUCCAAUGGCGUGGCUACUGUUCCCUCCUAUGAGACCUGGGAUGAUUUCUUCACAGAUUUCAUGGCAAAGAAAACGGCCUGGGGAUGCUACCUUGAAUAUCUUUCUGAAUGGAACAAAUAUGCUGACAAAGAAAAUAUUAUGACAAUAACUUAUGAAGAGGUAAAAGAGAAUCCUGCCCUGAGUGUGAAAAACAUAGCCACAUUCUUUGGAAUUCCUCUGACUGAGGAACAGCUCCAGCUGGUGGUAGAGAGGAGCAGCUUCCAGUCUAUGAAGAAAAACUCAGACAAGACCCAUGGGUCAUUUGGCAAUGUUCUCUUUCGCAAAGGUGGUGUAAGUGACUGGAAGAACCAUUUCACUGAAGAUCAGAGCAAGAAAAUGGACAAAGCAUUUGAAGAACAUAUAGCAGGAACGAAACUUGGGAAAAAGUUGAAGUAUGACUUGUACUGCAAAGCCUGAAGAGAAAUGAAAUGUGGUUACAACAAGAGCUUUGCAAGGCGGACUCAGAUCAUCUGAAUGCUAUACACUGGAAACCUAGAUCAAAUGAUCCAAGCACCUUAGAAUUACCAUAAGAGUCAUUGCCACAGCCUUUAUUGAAACACUGAUGAGCCUUUUUUUUAUGCUGCAACCUCGGGCUACACUCACUUGCUGAAGAAGAUGCCAACUAAACAUAUGUAGAGAAACUCAACAGCCCUUUUUCUGCUGUAACCUGGAAGGAAAUGCUUCUUUUCUUUCUAGAUAAAUUCUAUCUUUAUAGACAAUUUCUAAUUAUUUAGUAUGCAGAUUAUUUUUUUCUUCAAAAAAUUUUUUCAAAUUAUUACAGAAAAUAUCACUAGCAAAAAUAGGGAUAUGACAGAAGCCUAAUGUCAAAGGAGAUCUUCCAUGAAUUCAGCACAAAGUAAAUCAAAGGCAGAGAAAGCAGAAAGAAGGGGAAUAUGGAUCGGAGUUCUUAGGGCUCUUCAUCUCUCUGAAUGCAAAAUAUCAAGAUGAAUUUCAAAUUAUGGGCUGAUGGGCUGGUGUCAAUGGGCAAGAUUCCCUCAGAGGCACUGCUUUCUACAGAAUUAUAGAGCAGCCCAGUUUGGAAGAGACCUUGAAAAGUCUUCUGGUACAACUUUUCAUGGGAAGGGGAGCCUGGAAGAGAUUCUAUCUAGAUAUCAUGUCAUGAAAACCUCCAGUGAUGAGGAUUCUACCACAUUUCUGUAGGCUUUGUUCCAGCAACUGGUUGUUCUUGCUGUAAAGAACUUCAUGUAUCAAGAUUAAACAUCCAUUGUUGCAAGUUGA